GCUACACUGACGGUCAGAACGUAAAACCAAAACGCCUUUUCUUGAGUAGUUGUUUUGAAUACAGGACAAUUAAAAGGACAAAUGUAAAAUUAUUACAUUAAUUAAGUGUUACGAGUGUCUGUCAUAUAUCCCACUGCUACAAAUAUAGCCAAGAAUGGUAACGUCUUACUGUAGUAUUAGUUACACAUUUAGUAUGAUUUCGAAUUAGCGUUGGUAUGUUUGGCGGAAUAAAACAUCGAUAGACAGAAACAUCACGGUAAUAUUUCAACAACAGUUAGCGCUAAAACUGCAAUCUGAAGCAGAAGACAGCAAUGUGGGGAGAAAUCGAGCCGUGUGUCAAACCCCAGGAGGAUGAAAACAUGAGCAGCUGUGGGACAAGCCAGAGAUGGACAGACUCUGCAGAUGUACAGCAGAAGACAGCAUUGUGGGGAGAAAUCGAGCCAUGCACUAAACCUAACACAUCUGACAACUGCAAUGAACCUGCUGCUCAAGACAGAUGUCCUCCUAAGACGGAUCUCAAGGAAGCCCUAAACACAACAAGCAGCUCUCCAAAUCAAAAGGAUGAGCCAUCCAGCUGUCUCAGCUCAAUGAUAGAGGCUAUAGCAGCCAGUGGGAGUCCAGUGAAAAGUCAGCAGCUGGGAGAGCCAGACUUAACUUUGGAGGAGAAGAAGAAGGUUUUAAUGGAUCAGUACGAAUCAAAGCCCUUGGUAUUUCUAGAGCGCUAUCAGGCCCAUCUGAAGCCAGAGCACACAGAGGCUUUCUCACACCUGAGCAGUGACUGCAGAGUGCAGUAUUACUGCAAGGAGAUUCAGAGACGGGAAUCCAGCACAGCCGACCGGAAAAGGGUCCGUAACCAUCGUUAUGCAGCUCUCCGUGCUCUUCAGAAGGAGGGCCAGUAUUUCAGCGAGGAGCAGAUGCGUGUGCGAGAUCCACUGCUGUACGAGCAGUACAUCGGACAGUACCUCAGCGAAGAGGAGAUCCUGCAGCGCUCAGAGGAGGCCAUGAGGAGUGGCCCGGGGGGACUCGCUGACCUGCUUAUCAACUCCUACCAAGAGAAACUGAUCCAGAACCGCCUGGAGGAGGAGCAGGAGAGAGAGCAGUGUGCAGCGGAGGAGUCUGAGGAGGAAGAAUGUGAUGAGCCCAGACAGGCAGAGUGGGAGCCGAAUGCAGAAGAGAAAGCCAUGUUGAGAGAGGAGUUCCUGAGUCAAAUGCAUCAGCGCUUCCUGGAUGGCAAGGAUGACUUCAACUACCGUGAGGUGGAUGAGAAUCCAGAUUAUGAUAACCUGGAUAUUGUAAGCCGUGACGCCGAGGAGCGCUACUUUGAUGAAGAGGAUGAGGAGGAAGAAGAGGAUAUGAUGCAGUAGCCCUUAAUGUAUAUGUUCUCACAACAGAAAAAAUAAUUUUAAUUUGUUGUACAUUCUUUGUCAUGUUUCUACUGCUUGAUAUUUGUUUGUGUAGGUUAAAUGUGAUUAUCAGCACCUCGCCGUCUUUAAUAAAAGAGUAC